AUGGAAGAGUUUGCAUCUGAGGCGUAUCAAUUAUUGCCUCAACUCCUCAGGGACUCUGUCACCCUGGAUGGUCUACAAACACUUCUAUUACUGUGCAUCCACAGCCAAGCUAUAGUUGGCGACCUAUACACCCUGGAGCUUCUCAUAGCUGCAGCAACCAGAUUAGUCUUUCACCUCGAAGGGAACAUACUCUCCUCCCAUGUUGAUGGUCCGUCAUUACCACUGCAGCGACACACCCGCACCCUGUUUUGGCUAUGCUAUAUUGUGGAUCACGAACACAGCCUGCGAAGCGGUCUGCCUCCAAACUUUGACGACACCCACUGUGACCUCUCGAUUCCGGACUGCUACGGUGAACCAUCUUCCCCUAGUACCUGCUCCCCUCUAUUUAUCCCACUCAUCCGUCUGUCGAUCGUCCAAUCGGAAAUAUUCCGUCGACUAUAUGCCGUUUCCGCCCUCCGACAAACCGAUGCCCAGCUACUCUGCACGAUUCGCGACCUGGAUGAGUUGCUAGAGAACUGGAAGCUUUCAGUGCCAAUUGAUAACAGACCCACAUUCACCGAGCGACCCUCUGACGCGGGGAGCAUGCCGUCGUCCGUCAUGCAGCUACAAUAUCACUACUGCAUGGCCACUAUCCACCAAGCAAGCGGUCGCUGCAUCUCCUGGGCCCAGAACCAGAACACCCAUGGUCCGGGUUCUAGUCUAGCAAUCAGCGUCGAAGCUAGUCGGUCGCUUUUGCGGAAGUUCUCGGAGUCGGAGCUCGACUUCCAUCGCUAUAACUUGCUGUUCUGUCUCCCGUAUUUCACAGCUGCCAUGAUUCAUUUGUUUUGCAAUUUCCUUCUUCACCCGCUCGACCCGGGCUGUCAGGCUGAUUUGGAUAUCGUGGAGAGAGUUCCGCACCGGAUGAUGGCUCAUAUGUGGCCGGAAGCACCCUCCACGUUUCGCAUGCAGGUGGACUUUGUGAAGGAGUUGAGUAGCGAGCUGAAGCGUCUUGCGCAAAGUGCGCUUCGAAAAGCUCUAAUAAGAGAAGCCUAG